UGGAGGCGGGGGCUUUCCAGAGGAGGACCCUGGGCAGGAGUCUGGACACGAGGUCCGUGCACCCCGAGGAGGAAAUGAGAGGGUGGUGGGUCAGUCAGGAGUCAGCUGGUUCCCUCCGGCCGGAUCCGAGAAGCCACAGGACACUCUUCACUUCCCUGGACUUGAGCAGGGCCCAGGAAUGGCCGCGGGGCAGUGGGGCCGGAGGGGGCAGGAGGCCUCUGCGGGGCGAGAGGAUCGUGGUGUGGACCUUUAGGGAAAAGCCUGGUCAGCUUUUCUGGAGUCAGAACUCACCAGUUCAGGAGACACGGGGACAGGAGCGGGACAGCUGCAGGCUUAGACGAGUAGAGGAGGGCACACACCGGGCCGCUGGCCAGUGUGCCCCCGGCCAUACCCACAUCUCCAGUCCGGUGCUCUAGUUCCUGAACCCUCAGACUAACCAGCCCGAGCAAAGCGUGUCCUGAGGAAGUGGGAGACCGCAUGGAGCCCUCAACCCUGAUGAAAGCUGGCUCCGAGCAGGAGGAGGGCUUCGAGGUGCAGCCCAGGAAGGUGACUGACCUGGGCUCAGCCCCCAACCUCCGGCGAAACAACAGCAGCCUCUGCAAGAAGAGAAGACCUCAGUACCCCUUCAACAGCUGUGAGAAGCAGGAAAAUCUCAGCUCAUGGAUUCCUGAAAAUAUCAAGAAGAAAGAGUGCAUGUACUUCGUGGAAAGCUGCAAACUGUCUGAUGCUGGGAAGGCGGUGUGUGAGUGUCGCUACACACGCGAGCAGCAUUUGGAGGAGGCCCUCAGGCCCCACGCCUUCCAGGAUGACGAGUGGGACCCAGAAAAGCACAUCCAGGAGGUCCCGACGGACGCCUUUGGUGACAUCGCCUUCACGGGCCUGGGCCAGAAGGUGGGGAAGUACGUCCGCGUCUCCCAGGACACCCCCUCCAGCGUGAUCUACCACCUCAUGACGCAGCACUGGGGCCUGGACAUCCCCAGCCUCCUCAUCUCAGUCACGGGAGGGGCUAAGGACUUCAACAUGAAGCCCCAGCUGAAGAGCAUCUUCCGCAGAGGCCUGGUCAAGGUGGCCCAGACCACAGGGGCCUGGAUCAUUACCGGGGGCUCCCACACCGGUGUGAUGAAGCAGGUGGGCGAGGCCGUGCGCGACUUCAGCCUGAGCAGCAGCCACAACAAAGCCGAGGUUGUCACCAUUGGCAUCGCCACGUGGGGCACUGUGCACAACCGAGACGGACUGGUCCACCCCACGGGCGGCUUCCCUGCCGAGUACAUCGUGGAUGAGGAAGGCCAAGGGCACCUGACCUGCCUGGACAGCAACCACUCCCACUUCAUCCUCGUGGACGACGGGACCCACGGCCGCUAUGGGGUGGAGAUCGCCCUGAGGACCAGGCUGGAGAAGUUCAUAUCGGAGCAGACAAAGGAGCGAGGGGGCGUGGCCAUCAAGAUCCCCAUUGUCUGUGUCGUGCUGGAGGGGGGACCCGGCACACUGCAUACCAUCUACAACGCCAUCACCCAAGGCACCCCCUGCGUGGUUGUGGAGGGCUCAGGCCGCGUGGCCGAUGUCAUCGCCCAGGUGGCCAGCCUGCCCGUCUCCGAGAUCACCAUCUCCCUGACCCAGCGGAAGCUGGCCAUGUUUUUCCAGGAGAUAUUUGAGACCUUCACCGAAGGCGACAUUGUGGAGUGGACCAAAAAGAUCCAAGACAUUGUCCGGAGGCGGCAGCUGCUGACCAUCUUCCGGGAGGGCAAGGAUGGCCAGCAUGACGUGGACGUGGCCAUCCUGCAGGCCUUGCUGAAAGCCUCUCGGAGCCGUGCCCACUUUGGGCAUGAGAACUGGGACCACCAGCUGAAGCUGGCAGUGGCGUGGAACCGCGUGGACAUUGCCCGCAGCGAGAUCUUCACAGACGAGCGGCAGUGGAAGCCUUCAGAGCUUCACCCCAUGAUGACAGCCGCCCUCAUCUCCAACAAGCCUGACUUCGUGAAGCUCUUCCUGGAGAACGGGGUGCGGCUGCAGGACCUGGUCACCUGGGACACGCUGCUGUACCUGUACGAGAACCUGAGCCCCUCCUGCCUGUUCCACUGCAAGCUGCAGAAGGUGCUGGCCAGGGAGCCCACCGCGCCCGCCCUGCUCAUGCACCACGUGGCCCAGCUGCUACAGGAGCUGCUGGGGGACUUCACGCAGCCGCUGUACCCCCCGCCCCUCUCCAACGACCAGCCGCGGCUCCUGACCGUGCCCCACAUCAAGCUCAACGUGCAGGGGGUGAGUCUCCAGUCCCUCUACAAGCAUCCAUCAGACCAUGUCACCUUCACCAUGGACCCGGUCCGUGAUCUUCUCAUCUGGGCCAUCAUCCAGAACCGCCGGGAGCUGGCAGAAAUCAUCUGGGCUCAGAGCCAGGACUGCAUAGCGGCGGCCCUGGCCUGCAGCAAGAUCCUCAAGGAGCUCUCCAAGGAGGAGGAGGACACGGACAGCUCCGAGGACAUGCUGGCGCUCGCGAACGAGUAUGAGCACCGAGCCAUCGGGGUCUUCACCGAGUGCUACCGGAAGGAUGAGGAGAGAGCGCAGAAGCUGCUCAUCCGUGUGUCGGAGGCCUGGGGGAAGACCACCUGCCUGCAGCUGGCACUGGAGGCCAAGGACAUGAAGUUCGUGUCUCAUGGAGGCGUCCAGGCCUUCCUGACCAAGGUGUGGUGGGGCAAGCUCUGUGUGGACAACGGGCUCUGGCGCGUGCUCCUGUGCAUGGCGUUCUUCCCACUACUCUGCACCGGCCUGGUCUCCUUCAGGGAGAAGCGGCUGCAGGCGUCCUGCGGCCUGGCCCGCGUGCGCGCCUUCUUCAACGCGCCGGUGGUCAUCUUCCACCUCAACACCCUGUCCUACUUCUCGUUCCUGUGCCUGUUCGCCUACGUGCUCAUGGUGGACUUCCAGCCCUCGCCCUCCCGCAGCGAGUGCGUCAUCUACCUCUGGCUCUUCUCCCUGGUCUGCGAGGAGCUGCGGCAGCUCCUCUAUGACCCUGACGGCUGCGGGCUGGCGAAGACGGCCCUGCUGUACUUCGGCGACUUCUGGAACAAGCUGGACAUCACGGCCAUCCUGCUCUUCUUAGCGGGACUGAGCUGCAGGCUGAUACCGGCGUUGCUGUACCCCGGGCGCAUCAUCCUGUCUCUGGAUUUCAUCAUGUUCUGUCUUCGGCUGAUGCACAUUUUCACCAUCAGUAAGACGCUGGGGCCCAAGAUAAUCAUCCUGAAGCGGAUGAUGAAGGACGUCUUCUUUUUCAUCUUCUUGCUGGCCGUGUGGGUCGUGUCCUUCGGGGUGGCCAAGCAGGCCAUCCUCAUCCACAACGAGAGCCGGGUGGACUGGAUCUUCCGGGGCGUCGUGUACCAGUCGUACCUCACCAUCUUCGGACACAUUCCAGCCUACAUCGACGCCGUGGACUUCAACCUAGACCAGUGCAGCCCCAAUGGCACCGACCCGUACAAGCCCAAGUGCCCGGAGAGCGACGCCAGCCGGCACCAGCCCGUCUUCCCAGAGUGGCUGACGGUCACCCUGCUCUGCCUGUACCUGCUCUUCACCAACAUCCUGCUGCUGAACCUGCUCAUCGCCAUGUUCAACUACACGUUCCAGCAGGUCCAGGAGCACACGGACCAGAUCUGGAAGUUCCAACGCCACGGCCUGAUCGAGGAGUACCAGGGCCGGCCCCCCGCGCCACCCCCCUUCAUCCUCCUCAGCCAUCUGCAUCUCUUCAUCAAGAGGGUCAUCCUCAAGAUACCCGCCAGGCGACACAAGCAGCUCAAGAACAAGCUGGAGAAGAAUGAGGAGUCCGUGCUCCUGUCCUGGGAGAUGUACCUGAAGGAGAGUUACCUGCAGAGCCUGCAGGACCAGCAGAGGCAGAGGCCGGAGCAAAAGAUGCAGGACAUCAGCAACAGGGUGGACACCAUGGUGAACCUGCUGGAAAUGGACCUUCUGAAGCAGUCGGGCUCCAUGGAGCAGAGACUGUCCUCCUUGGAGGAGCAGGUGGCGCAGACGGCCAGAGCACUGCACUGGAUCGUGAAGACCCUGAGGGACGGCGGCCUUGGCUCGGGGGAGGAACCCCCCACCCUGGCACCCCAGAAGGCCUCGGAGGGGCAGGGUCUGGAGCUGGACAGCAGGCAGGAAGUGGAGGACCUGGGCGACGCCCCCCAUGUGAAUGCCCGGCACCUCAUGUACCCCGACUCCCCCGUCCUGCGGUUCCCUGUGCCCAAUGAGAAGGUUCCCUGGGAGACGGAGUUUCUCAUCUACGACCCGCCCUUUUACACGGCGGAGAGGAAGGACAGAGACUCGGUGGACCCCGUGGGGAAGUGCUGGUGUCCCCCCAGCACCCUGGAGCCCCUGUCCCAGGUCCGCUUCAACGCCGUGGACGGCCCCACGGACCGUAGGAGCUUCCAGGGCAGCUACGCAGUUCGGGACGGGCUCCCUCUGAACCCCAUGGGCCGCACAGGGCUGCGUGGUCGCGGGGGCCUCAGUCGCUUCGGGCCCAACCACACACUGCAGCCUGUGGUCACUCGACUCAUAGUGUGGGACAGCCGGGUCCCUGAAAGCCACUCUCGCAGAGGCCGGCCAGCGGUCAGGCGAGUGGGAGCGGGUCCAGGAAAGGAGACAGCCGGUCCCGGGAGGGGAGGUGUGAGCCGGGUCCCCCGCAGGUGGAGGAGGAAUCAGGACGGAGCCAUCUGCAGAAAAGGCAUAAAGAAAGUGCUGGAAGUGCUGGUGGUGAAGCACCCCCUCUCAGAACACUGGGCCUUGCCAGGGGGCUCCCGGGAACCAGGCGAGACGCUGCCUCGGAAGCUGAAGCAGGCCCUCUGCAGAGAGUUCUGGCCUUCCUUCGAGAGCCUGCUGAAGCGGGGCACGGAGGUGUACAAAGGCUACGUGGACGACCCGCGGAACACGGACAACGCCUGGAUCGAGACAGUGGCCAUCAGUGUCCACUUCCCGGACCAGAGCGACGAGCUGAAGAGGCUGAACUCUCACCUGCUUGCCCGCGACCCACGGAUGUCCAUCCAGUGGCAGGUGGUGGACAGACGCAUCCCGCUGUAUGCCAACCUCAAGACCAUCCUCCAGGAGGCGGCCACUCUGUAUGGGGCUCACUACUGACAGGGCUCAGGCCGAGGCUGGUGCGCCCCCAGCCCCUCGGAGACUUGGGCUGCACGACGCCCCGUGGACCUCCGCAGGCCAGGGGCACAGCGUGACGUGGUUUGGGGACCCGCCGCGCCUCGUGGCCCGCUGGAAUCAACCGCCAGAUGAGCUCGUGAACCCGAAGGCGACAGGGCUCUCUGAAAGGGCAGCCGAGGCAGGGGACAGGCUGGCUCCGGUCACACGGCAGCUCCUCAAGAUGGAGGUGGCCCCUGAGAGCCCACCAGCCAUCACGGCCUCUCUCGAGCGGCGAGCGGCCAGCUGAGGGUCUGGAUCCUCCUGGCAGCCUCGCCCUUGGCUGGAGUCCACUCCCUCCUGGUCAUGUCCUGAUCAGCACAUCCCCCACCGGGUGUGCACAGCCCAAGGCCUGUGUCUCUCAGGGAGCUAGGGUUCCCCUGUGGCCUCCUCCUUGGGCCCAGGCCCCACAGAUGGCCUCCACUGUGACCUGAUGCGGUCCCUCGCCGGGCCUGAGGUGGACACUAUGGGAACCCAGUUCCUGCCCAGUCCACCUUCAGGGCUGAGCCCCUCAGCAGGGGCAGGAAGAUGGCAGCUCAGACCUGCUCUGGACACGCAGGGGGUCCCGGCCUGUGCACGGCCUGGGACCCAGGUGGGGCUCUCCCACAUGCAGUGCCCCGUCCCUCCCAUUGUGAGCCCUGGGAGGAGCGGGGGUGGGGUGGGG